ACACCCGGCGACCACGGGGUUGUCAUGGAGCCGCGGGGCCGGGCUCGCGCAUGCGCUACCUGACCUGCGGGGCCGGUCGUGGAGCUGCGACCCCGGCCCUGGGGCAAUCUGGUUGAAAAGAGUACGGAUGAACCUGCUGCCAGCCUAGUAAGAAAUGGAGAGGAAAAACCCAUCCAGAGAGAGCCCCAGAAGACUCUCGGCCAAACUAGGCAAAGGCACAGAGAUGAAAAAAGUGGCUCGUCAACUUGGCAUGGCGGCUGCCGAGUCAGAUAAGGACUCUGGAUUUUCAGAUGGGAGCUCGGAAUGUCUGAGCUCAGCAGAGCAGAUGGAGUCGGAGGACAUGCUGAGCGCCUUAGGCUGGAGCAGAGAAGACAGGCCAAGGCAGAACUCCAAAACUGCAAACAACGCCUUCCCUACCCUGUCCCCCAUGGUUGUCAUGAAGAAUGUGCUGGUCAAACAGGGCAGCAGCUCAUCCCAGCUGCAGUCAUGGACUGUCCAGCCCUCCUUUGAAGUGAUCUCAGCACAGCCACAGCUCUUAUUCCUUCAUCCACCUGUACCAUCUCCUGUCAGCCCCUGUCAUGCGGGCGAGAAAAAGUCAGAUGCCAGGAACUACCUGCCCAUUCUAAAUUCUUACACCAAAAUAGCCCCACACCCAGGCAAAAGGGGCCUUUCCCUCAGCCCAGAAGAAAGAGGAGCAAGUGGAAUGCAAAAGAAAACCUGCACUGAGAGACUUGGGCCAAGCUUGUCUUCCAGUGAGCCAACUAAGACCGGUGCUGUACCAUCCAGACCCUCGACUGCAGCACCACCCGGUGCCAAACUUGCCGAGGACUCAGCUCUGCAGGGUGUGCCCUCCCUAGUGGCAGGGGGAAGUCCACAGACUCUUCAGCCAGUAUCCAGCAGCCACGUGGCUAAAGCGCCCAGUCUGACCUUUGCUUCCCCCGCUAGUCCUGUCUGUGCCUCAGACAGUACUCUGCACGGGUUAGAGAGCAACUCUCCCCUCUCACCACUGUCAGCUAAUCAUAAGUCACCCUUAUGGGCAGCAGAGCACCUCUGCCACAGCCCAGAUUCCUUUUCAGAGCAGCGCCAGAGCAAGCAUAGGCGCUUUCAGAAUACCCUGGUAGUGCUACACAAAUCCGGUUUGCUGGAGAUCACUUUGAAAACCAAGGAGUUGAUUCGUCAGAACCAGGCGACUCAGGUGGAACUAGACCAGCUAAAGGAGCAAACCCAGUUGUUCAUAGAGGCCACCAAGAGCAGGGCUCCUCAGGCUUGGGCCAAGCUGCAGGCAUCUUUAACAUCUGGGUCCAGUCAUACUGGCAGUGACCUAGAAGCAUUCUCUGAUCACCCAGACAUAUAGCACAGAAGGUAUAUUUUCCUGUUACUUGAGUAGUUCUUUGAAAUAUUUUACUGUUACCUAUUUCUGUUUCCUAAAGUUUAUGUAAGAGCUUUUCCUUUUAAACCUCUACUGUUUAGCAGUUCACUUAUAAAGCCACGUGCCAGUAGCUGGCUGCUGUCUCAACCUGUGGUCUGUGCACAGGUUAUGCAUUUCUCGGUUCCACUGAGGACCUCUGAUUCAGAGUGUCCUUGAGUUCCUCUUCCUUAGCUUGCAGGCUCUCCGAUGGGUCAUGGGGCAAAGCAGGAAAGGUGACUGUGGGGGGCUUUUCUAGCUGCCACCUCCCAUGUCCCACUCACCGGGAUCAAGGGUGCAAUAAUACAGAUGAGCGUACAGAGUGACACCUGUUGAGCCAGGGAGUACGUGACAUAAGGAUCCCUUCCCCUGAGUAUCUUAGAAAAACAGAGGAGGUGUGUUUGCAUUCUACAAGGCAUUGUGCCAGUUGGGUGAAACAUAAAAUGCCCUGGGCACAGGUUGUGCCUGAUUGUAAGCACUUAAUCACUUAAAGCUUUCUUUUCUUAAACUUGAAAGUUAAGGGAAAAGGGUAAGACCAUUUGACUCAUACACUUUAAUCACAAGCCAGAUUUCACUUAAAUGAAUUAGGCAAAAUGAGAUUUUUAAGGUAUAGCAUGGAUUCAGUAUUCUUUGGAAUUGUAGUUGACGAAAAUCCUUUUUUUACUUAGAGACUGAAGAAAAUAGACAUGGCCAGUAUCUCUUGGCCAGAGGCCAGAAGAUUCUGGUAACUUAUGCUUUUUUUUCUCUCUUGAAACAGUUCAACCUGUUUUAUGUCUAAAAACCUUAAGGAUAGCUUCAGUGGUUCCUGAGGGUGCAGUAUAAGUCAACCCUCUGCAGCCACCCUGGGCUCCCCGCCCCUCUUGUUUUCAUAAAAGAGGAAAGAAGUGAUUAUUAGGCUUGAUAAACUUUGAAUUAAAUGAAAUCAUCCUGAGAUUGUGAUAAGUUCACAAAGAAUUAGAAAACAUUCUUAUCCAUUUUCUUUUCACAUCCCAAGUUUUCAUUUUUCCCAUGUUAUGGUGACAGGGAACGAUUAUGGAGCACAGUCCUCUGUGUUUCUUUCACGUGUUGGAUAUUGGCAACAAAUCCAAAGGUGUAACGUUGGUUAUAUGAAGUUCAUCUCAAAAUGGAGAAUGUGAUGAGAGUUUCCAGAUGAUACACAUUCGUUUCAGCUUCAUUGUAUCAGUAACUAGAUUUCGAAGUAGUAAAUUUUUUUAAAAAUUUAUCUUAUUUAAAAAUUUCAUUCUCUUGAAAAUCUUUGUUUUACAAAUUACCUAAAUAAUAAGUCCCAUGUGACUGAAUUUAUCUUUUAAAUAUUCUUGAAGUUUUACCAGGACCAGAAGUUAGUGAUCAUAAUUACUAGGUAACUGUAACUCUAACAAACUUUAAAAAUUGUCAGGCAUCAGAUUGCCUGUACUUUGUUCACAAACUUGUAUGAUUUAGAUAUGACCAGUUUAAAAAUAAACAACUUGGUAUAAUCGCUAGACUCUUCUGAUCAACACAGAAUUAUUACUUGCCAUUUGCUUUCUGAAAGAAUUCAAAAAAUUAGAGCUAAAAGCAGGCUCAGCUCCCUUAAUAUUUUUCUUUUGGCCCACUCUCUUUGCCUCCCCUGAAUCUGUAUGGUGCGAUCGCAGCUCUACUCUGUGCACCAUGCUAGGAAGCUUCCUUUUUAGCAGGAUAUGUUUGGCAGCAAGCUAUAGAGACAGGUGCAUUCAGAACAGCCUGGGCACCAGUUAUGAGUCUUACUGAGUGUCAAAAAUCUGGAAACACUUGCUGAGAACCAAACUCAUUCCAUUGGAAAAACCCUCUGUAGAGCUAUAAGCCUCUUGGACUCUUCUUCCUAGAUUAAGGUUUGCAUUUCUCUUCCCAUCAUGGUAAAAAAUGUUGAAAGCCAUCAUCGGUCCUCACUGCUGAGUGGCAGGGAGAAGCAGCACCACCCCCGGCUCUUUGAUCUUGUCACAGUGCUGAAAGUCUCUUUAGGCCAUUAGCAUGGGUGUUCUUUCCCCUGUGGAGCUGAGGGCAGAUGAACCCAAACAGAGAAGCUGGAUCUUGGAAGCAGAGACCCAUUGAGGCCAGCAGACAUUUGUGGCCAGAAGCCAGAUCAGCAAGUGGAGGAACCUCAGAGUUGACCAGCAAGAUCUCCGUUGGUUGUGCAAGGCUGUAAGUAGCAAGGAUCUUACUGAUGCAUGAUGUAACUUGGUAUGGAGUACUGUGGCAGAGCUACUACCGCUUUCUGAAAGUGAGAAGCCAUUUUUAGCUCAGAACAUCCCUUAAGAGAACUUUUGACAGAUUUUAUUGGCAAAAUUGAAACAUAUCUAGAAAAAGUUGCUGAUUGCUUAUGGGAAUGGAGUUUAAUGACGUUUGUAAUUUAUUACACACUCAUUGCUUUUUAUUGAUUAUAGUAUUAUUUGAGUUUUCUUCUCUACUAUGAUUUCUUCAGCAGAAAAGUAAAUCUCGUGCAUAUAUUGAAGUGGUUUUCCAGCGAUGAAUUCUUCAGGGUAGAAAUUUAUUUACUAAAUGUGAAUUCGUUUGAGAAAGUAUGAAGUUUUGUAGAAAUUGACUGUGAAAUGUCAGAGAAAAAUAAAAGUCACUUACUUGAAAACUA